AUGGGACGGAAAAAGAAGAGUUUACAUGACUAUGCUGCAGAAUUCACUGAUCUGACAGUGAAAAGACAUUUAAUUGAGCAUAAGGAUUCUGGGCAAAAUUCAUGGGUAGAAACACUGUAUUGUAAAUCAUGUGAGAUACCCAUGCGUGUCAGAAGAGAUCGAAUAUUGGAACACCUGGCCUCUGGAAGGCACUAUAGAAACCGGAGGCUCAUUAAACAGCAUGGCAGCAGGGCCCCACUUCUCUUGUAAGUUCAAUGUCUAUUUUACAUUUAGUAGGCAGUUGUUUGAAGUAAUGCUUCCUGUAGAAGGAAUAAAAAUUUAAAAAAAUCAAUGCUCUCAGUCUACAAUAAAAUUACAAAUCUUUAUCAGUUUUCUAACAGAGUUUGUGAAUUUUAUAAUUAAAUGCCAAAGUGGCCAAACUGCUAGGAAAGCUGACUUGGAGAAUGUUUCCAGUUUGCAAAUUUUGGACUUAAAGGAAAACCUCAAGAAACAUAAAGUGCUUCAGUUUGCUAAGGUGCUUAUGUGUCUGGAGUCUCUAAUAUUUGGUAGAUUACAAAAGUGCAGAUUUCAAUAUAAAUCAUCCAUACCUCCCAACUAACCCUAUUUAGAGACCAAGUUCCUGUGUCAUACUUUUCUUCCCCAAUGUGUCUCUUGGCUAGGAAUUCAAUUUUAUCUGCUUCUCUUAGUUCCACGGGGCAAAUAGAAGUGGAAGGCACAAUAGAUUAGAGCCUCAAUGAGCUGUAUUACAACUCAGUGAGAAACAUUAAAAAGUCUAAGAUUGGUGAAUUUCCCAGAAAAGAGGCUGCAGACAGCAGGUCCUUGGUUUUUGCAAGCUGUUAUUUUUUAACUAAAGUGAGAAUUGUCAGAAAUUCAUAGUGAAUUUAAAAUGGGGAUCCACCGAUAUAGUUCAUAUGCCGAUAAUCUGUACAGACAUUCUUCCCUCCUCCCUGUCUUUUACCUGUGGUCAUUACGCUGCCUGGUGGCCCAGUGUCUGGGUAUACGCUGGCUGCCAGGGGGUUUUGCAUUGUAGAGAGGGAGGCUGGGACCAAGCACUCAAACUCUUCUGUUUUUUGGUGAAUCUUCUCUUCAUCAUUUGCGAGCCUGGCAUGAAGUGCAGAGCGUUGCCACAGUGACCCACGGCUAUGCUUUGAUUGCUGGGGGCUUGCAAGAGUUGGAGAAAGAACCUGUCAGAAAUAGAAGAGGACAAGUGCUGGGUCCUGGACGCCUCCUCUACAGUGUGAGUGACAUGUGAAGGAGAAUAUACACUGGUUGCCACAACAUUAAAACCACUGAUGGGUGUAGUGAAUAGCCUGUUGGAAGCGCAAAAAAAAUCUGAGUGAUUUUUGACAAGGACCAAAUAGUGAUGGCUAGAUGACUCUCCUCUCCAAAAGGGAUUAUGCACGCUGGGAGCAAAGAGUAACCCAUCUGUUCCGAUCACAUGAAAGAGCUGCUGUAGCUUUGUAGACUUUGGCAAAAAAAAAAAAAGUGCAGGCCUUGAUAGAAAGGUGUCAGAAUACACAGUGCAUCGCAGUUUGCUGCAGAUGGCCAUGAUGACCCCUGUCCACCCUCUGAAGCUCUUUCAAUGGUGACAUGAACAUCAGAACUGGACCAAAGAGCAAUGGAAGAAGGUUGCAUGGUCUGAGGAAUCACUUUUUCUUUUAGAUCAGAUGGAUUGCCGCCAGGUGCGUGUGUGUCUUUACCUGGGCAAUAGAUGCCAGCAGGAUACACUAUGGGAAGAAGGCAGGCCGGCAGAGGCAGUUUUAUGCUUUGGACAGUGCUCUACUGGGAAUCCUUUUUUUUCUGCUGGGUUCCUGACAUUCAUGUGGAUGUUACUUUGACAUGCACCCUUGCAGAGUGCAACGGUAAUGGUGUUACCUGAUAGCAGUGGCCUCUUUUAGCAGGAUAAUGCACCCUCCCACACUGCAAAAAUUGUCCAGGAAUGGUUUGUGGAACAUGGCAAAGAGUUCAGUGUUGCCUUGGCUUCUAAAUUCUCCAGAUCUCAAUCCGAUUGAGUAUCUGUGGGAUGUGCUGGAUUAACAGACCUUAUCCAUAGAGGAUCCACUUUUCAAUUUGCAGGACUUGGUGCCAGAUACCACAGGACACAUAACAUUCAGAGGUCAUGUGGAGUCCAUGCCUUAAUGCAUCAGAACAGUUUCACAGCAUGAGGGGGACCUACAUGGUAUUAGGCAGGUGGUUUUAAUGUUGUGGCUGAUCAGUGUAUGCUAUGUUUGGAACGAAAAGAACCCGUGAAUGAAGGUGUUCAGAAAUAGAAUAGAAAAAUGAUCAGACCUAAUGAGAGAAUUUGUACUUCGCUGCAAAAAUCUAUCAGUGUAUUUGUGCACGACAUCUCAGGAUUUAACUUCUCUUAUUGACAGAAGUCUACCCUGACAAUUGACAGAUAAAGGUAAAACCAUUGUCUGUGUUUUAUUUAAGGAAAGUUGUGUAUCAUGACAAGUACACUUUAAAUAAUUAGUGGACUGAUUUUCCACUUAUAAGGAACCCAGGUAAGGCAGAAUAUUCAGAUUAUUGUUCUUCUAUCCUUCAAAAGAACAGAGUUCUACUUUUAAAGGCAACUAAGCAGGGGGUAAGAUCUGAAACUUUGCUCAAGGUACACAGUUGUUCCAAAAAGUGUGCAGCAUAGAAAAGAUGAGUUUCAAGCCAGGUAUUUCUUUAAAGUUACACAAUGUGUGAUGUCACAAACUGGACUUCCACGCACCGUGUAACAGCAGCAAAAAAUGCCAAGACUUAUGAAGCUAACUUCCUCAGCCAGGAUGAUAACCACAAACCGAGAAAAUAAGUUGAAGAUGACUUGAUCUUGUGAACACCUGUUUUUUUUUUUUUAUUCUUUAUUUACAAUCAACCUUUUAAAGGGACACUAUAGUCACCAGAACAACUACAGCUUAAUGUAGUUGUUCUGGUGAGUAUAAUUGCUCCCUUCAGGCAUUUUUGUGCAAACACUACCUUUGCAGAGAAAAAGUAAGCGUAAUGACUUUUUUUGUUUGUUUUUUUUUUUAUAUAUAUAUAGAGUUGGGCUUAAAAAGAAAAAAGGCAGUGUUUACAUUGCCCCUAGGGACAACUCCAAAUGGCCCUCCUCAGAUGACCACUGGAGGGGCUUUCUGGCUAAGGGCUGCACAGUAAGCAGCCCUGCCGUUCACGUGGGGACGCUGAAUUUUCCUCAUAGAAAUGCUAAAGCGGGGGUGGGGGGAAGGGGCAAGCCACGUAAAUGGUGGGUUUUCACUAUAGGGUCAGGAAUACAUGUUUGUGUUCCUGACACUAUAGGGAUCCUUUAAGCUUCUUGUGAGCACUUCUGCACAGUGUUUCUCAAUUUGACACAAUUUUUUAUUUUUUUUAUUUCUUCAAAUGUUGAAGAGCCAUAAAGGAAGUUGAAGUUACAAAGAUGCAUUGUCAUGUAGUUUUGCCUGCCAUAAAAUGGAGAUUAAUCCUGCCACUAUAUACAAACAUUCACGUCCAGGUUUAUUUAUUUUUUGGUGCGCCAGAUUAAAAAAUGAGUGACACAUUAGUCACAUUGAGGGGAAGUUUGUCUUAUUGACGUGUUUGUCAUGCAUAGACCCAGUUUCUUUUUUUCAGAUAAUAUUAAAUAUGCAUCUCAAACUCAGGACCCCCUUGUUGUUUAACAACAUCUCCCAUCAUUCUUUGGCCAUAUAGUUAAUUCAAAGAAUUCUGGAAGUUGUGGACAGUAUAGUACAAUGGCAUGUUUACAUUUGUCCAAAUCCAUGUCUAAAGUUGCUGUCAGGCUGAAGGCAUGAAGAUCUCCAAAAAUCCAAGGUCUUCAUCUUUUUGCAUCAUCUCAGUUUGCAUGAUGGUGCUGAAUCCUUUCAUGCUUCUCUAUUAGUAGCUUCUGAUUGACAGUGAGCGACAAUUGUCAUGUGCAGUAGGUCCCUAAUGUUUCUCAUUGAGAAGCUUUAGAUAUUGACUGAGAUAAUUCGUAUUGAUGAUCUGAGAAGAGGUAGAGCCGAUGCAUCAAGUAGACUAUCCUGGAAUUUGAUUACAAGUAAGCGUGUGUGUGUUUUUUUUUUUUUUUUUUAUAAUAAAGAGUUGGGCCUAAAACGAAAAAGAAACAGACUUUAAAAAUAAAUAUAUAUAUUUUUAAAGUAAAUGCUUGUUAAAAGCACAGAUUUAGUAUUUUCAUAGUUUUCUUGUUGGUCCCAAUCCUCUCUGCAUGUUAUGGGUGUAUAGGUGCUUCUUCAAAUCCUUGCAAAGAUGAGAACUUCUUCAGUUAAAGUCUAGAUGUUUGUGGAAGAUACACCGCACUUAUUACAUGUACACUCGAUAAAAAUGGACAUUACACCUAUGUUAGCAUGUGGUUAACAAUUGAUACAUUUUCAAAUUCAAAUAUUACAGUGAUGUUUCAGUACUGAUGUACUGAGCUGAAAUGAAUUUAUAGCUGAAAGCUUACUACAUAUUUUAUGAUAAAUUUAAAUGGAUGUCAGAGACCUAGGACAAGAGAUGAAGGCUGAAUAUGCGUAUUAAGCGUUACGUCUGAAUACAAUUCCUGGCAAUUGUCAAACAAAUUGAUUCUGAAAAUUCUAUUAGUUCCACAAAUGAACUAAAUCAGAAUCAUCAGAAUUAAAGGGACACUCCAGGCACCCAGACCACUUCUGCCCAUUCGAGUGGUCUGGGUGCCAACUCUCACUACCCUUAACCCUGUAAGUGUAAUUAUUGAAGCUUUCUUAAACUGCAAUAUUUACCUUGCAGGGUUAACUCCUCCUCUAGUGGCUGUCUACUAGACAGCCACUAGAGGGCACUUCCGUGUUUUAUAGCACACGAAAAGUGUGCUAUAGCGUUGCUGGACGUCCUCACGCUAUGUGAGGACCUCCAGCAUUGAUGAAAUCCCCAUAGGAAAGCAUUUUUCAAUGCUUUCCUAUGGGGGGUCUAAUGCGCGUGCGUGGCAUUGCCGCGCGUCCGCAUUACGUCUCCCCCGUCGGCGCUGGAUACAGGUAAGUCCCUGAAGGGGUUUUAACCCCUUCAGCAACUUGGGAUGGGGAGUGGGAUGGAGAGGGGACUUGCAGUGCCAGGAAAACUGUUUGUUUUCCUGGCACUGGAGAGUCCCUUUAAAACCCUUUUUAAAAAGGAUUUUUUUUGUUUAGAUGAUUCUGCUUCGUUUGUGAACAAACUGAAUUUUUAGAAUUUAUUUGUUCGACUGACAGGAAUCUUAUUCAGCUAAUCGCUUUAAACAAAAUAUCUGAAGCUGAUAGGCAAAAAUAGAAGAUUAUAUUGCAUGGAGUAUAAAAUAACUACUGCGCACACUUGCUAUCUGUGUUCAUAGGCAUAAUUUUGAUCUCUUCGCAAAGUUAAAGGAACACUAUAGUUACCUAAAUUACUUUAGCUUAAUAAAGCAGUUUUAGUGUAUAGAAUAGAUCAUUUCCCUGCUUAAUUCACUGUCAUUUAGGAGUUAAAUCACUUUGUUUCUGUUUAUGCAGCCCUAGCCACACCUCCCCUGGCUAUGACUGACAGAGCCUGCAUUAAAAAAAAAAAAACUGGUUUCACUUUCAAACAGAUGUAAUUUACCUUAAUUGCAUCUCAAUCUCUAAAUUGAACUUUAAUCACAUACAGGAGGCUCUUGCAGGGUCUAGCAAGAUAUUAACAUAGCAGGGGAUAAGAAAAUCUUAAUUAAACCGAACUUGCAAUAAAGAAAGCCUAAAUAGGGCUCUCCUUACCGGAAGUGUUUAUGGAAGGCUGUGCAAGUCACAUGCAGGGAGGUGUGACUAGGGUUCAUAAACAAAGGGAUUUAACUCCUAAAUGGCAGAGGAUUGAGCAGUGAGGCUGCAGGGGCAUGUUCUAUACACCAAAACUGCUUCAUUAAGAUAAAGUUGUUCAGGUGACUAUAGUGUCCCUUUAAUAUAUGGCAGUGGGAGCAUUGUGUGGUUUGAAUCGGAAGGUGAAAAUAUGGCCUCAGGACAGGAAAUGGGUUUGACUUGGAAGGCAGGAUGGCGAUAUAUGUAUUCUCAGGGAAAGCCUAGGAAGGGCUAAUACAAUUGAUUAGUAACAAAUUGUAUGAUUUGAUUUUUUUUCCCAUUUUGUUCUCCUUUUGUGAUCAGAUCUACAGGUGGAGAUUUUGGAACAUCCCUUCCAAUGGCGCUGGACUCUUCUUUGAUUUCUCAGCCUUCAUUUCUUCUUCCGACAAAUCAAUGCACUUCUAGCAACUCAGCUCAAAGCAACUCAAAUAUAAUAUCUUCUCCAUCGUCAUACCGUCAUCCACCCUUGCUGUCAGUUCACCCAAACACCAUCAGUUCUACCACAAAUGUUAAUUCGGUUAGGGAAGACCAAACACCUUCUACCUCUUCCACUCACCCAUCAUUUGUCUCCAUCCAUGUCCGAAAUCCAUCAGUGCCUUCAAAGCACACCAAUCACAGGCACAUCAUUUCUGAAGCUUCCAGUAGUGUUCUCUCUGGAGGCCUGUAUAGUAACAACCGUUCUCAAGAACACCCCAUUGGUCUAGCAGUGAUUGAUGUUGGCAAUGCCAGCAAGGCACUGCUGCAAAGUUUGACAGAAGAAAAUGGAUGUUGCCUGUAUUACAUUGUGGAAGACCAGUUGUCCGAAGUAGAGAGAGCAUUUAGUAGUGAAUUAUUAACAAAGACCAGGGUAUUGCAAGAGCAAGAUGUGGACAUUGUUUUCAGUGACCAUAGGUAAGAUUGCAUUCCAGUAAAUAAUGGAAACUGUUAUGGCAAGCACAAUGUCUAACCAUAUGGUGCCUAUGUGUGACACUAACCUUGUUUUUAAGUUUUUCCACUUUUGAUUUUUUUUUUUUUUAAAGUUUUUCCACUCAUUGUAAAUAGCUAAACCAUUUUAAAGGUGUUUGACUUCUUAAUUGUGGUCAGCCAUAACUCUUCCCAUCUUCACUACAGCCGACAGAGGGCCAGAAGCUUCUGCCUAUGUGCCCUUUUUAAAGUCUUCUUUGCUAUGUUCUGAGGUGCAGCUUAAGCUGAUUCCUCUUAGCCAAUAAGCUUAACCCUUCACCAAUGGACUUGGCUCAGGCAGUGAGCAUCCAGCUUUCUGUAGGAUGUCGAGAGUGGUGUCCAGCAGACUUCAGGAAAGAAGGCAAACCAUUCUAAAAUUUGGAAUGUCCCCUACAGUGGACGUUUUGUUAUCCAUUGAUAUUUAAUCAAUUUAUUUUGAUAGAAAAAUUGCCACCAAAUUAAAAGUAAUGGAUUCCUGAAUUUUGUUUAAACUUUCUAUAAGAUGUGAUCAAGAGGUGCGCGCACACACAUGCACAUUUGUGCCUUUGGGUUGCCAUAUGUUAAUUUCUAGGUAUUGGGAUAUAUCUCAACCCCUGCAUCAGCCUUACUGUUGGAUUUUAAUUCUUUGUAUCUGGCUAAAAAACAAUAAUCUAUACAUAUAUUUUAAAUUUGUACAGAUGCUAGCUAACAUCAAGCUUGUGUAGUGAUUAGACUAUAUUCUCUAAAAAGUGAUAUAUUUAUUACUUUUUCAUGACAGACAGUUUAAAGGGAAAUUUGAAAUCCCAAAACUUUAGCUUAAAGGAAAACUUUACAAAGAUGUAUUCCUAAGACUAACAUGUUCCUCAGACCCCGCAGCCCCCUCCUAUAUUUGUAAAGGGUUAAAUAAUCCUUUAUUCACUUACCGAUUCCAGCGCUGAGGUCCCUUGGGGUUGGGUCACAGUCCACCUCUCCCAUCGUCAUCUGAUUGGGGGUCCUAAUGCUCAUGCGUGGUAAGUGCUGCGUGAGCAUUAGGCCUUCCCCAUAGUUAAGCAUUGCUUAUGGGUUUUCUCUGACGUGGAAAGCGGGAGGACGUCCAUCGUUGCUUAACGGAGGCAGACUUAGUGAAAUUCUUGGAAGCGCGUCUAGUGGCCUUAUGGUAGACAACCACCAGAGGCAGUCUUAGUGCUGCAAUGUUAACAUGCGAUGAAGUGGUCUGGGUACCUAUAUUGUCCCUUUAAUGAAGUGCCUUUGGUGUACAUAAAAUGCCCCUGCUGCCUCAUUGCUGAAUUAUUUUACACUUAAGUUAAAUAACUUUGUUUAUGCAGCCCUAGCCCUAUCUCUUUCUCUCUAAUAGCCCGCUAGAGCCACCUGCAACAGCCUUGUGUGUAUGAUUAAAGUUCAAUUCAAACAGAGCAGGAGACAAGAACACGUUUUCCUGUAGAAUCUGAUUGAAAAUUAAACCAUAUUUUAUUGGAGGCUAUGUGAGCGACUGCCAGGGGAGCUGCAGCUGCAUAAACAGAAGCAAAAGUGACAACCCCUGAAUGGAAGAAUAUUGAGCAGUGAAACUGUAGAGAUAUGAUCUAUACACUAAAACUGCUUCACUAAGCUAAAGAUUGUUUGGAGUAUCCCAUUAAAAUCCAAAUGUCGGGCAAAAUUAGAUGGUGCUGAUUUCAUAGUCUGACAUUCCUAUGUACUGUAUAUUACUGUAGUGUAUGUAUCAUUGCAUUUUAUAGGGAUCGACUGAUUAUCAGUCUGGCCGAUGAUAUCGGCUGAUAUUCUGUAUUUUUAGCAAUAUCGGUAUCGGCCAAUAAAGAUACCGAUAAUGCAGACCAGGGUCCUGGGGGGCCCAGCACACUUUUACUUACCUUCCCAGCAACUUCCUCCAGCUCCCCUGUCUAACUCUCGCAGAUCCCGCGGAUGUUAGAGCGUUGCAAUGGGUUACCAUGGCAACGCUCCGUGUGGCACGCAGGCCGCGAGAGUUAGACAGGGGAGCUGCAGGUAAGGGAAAUGAGUGUUGCUGGGCCCCCUCUGCAGAGUCUAUGCCACCGGACCACCAGGGAAUGUCAUAUCCCCCCUCCCUGGCCAGGUAAGAAGCAGGGAGUGGGGACUAAAACAAAAUGUAAAAAAAUUAAAUAUAACUUUUUUUUUUUUUAAAUAAAAAUGCCUCCUUCCCCCCAUUUUACACACAUUACAUACCUUCAUAAACACACACACACUCUGGUUUCAUUAUAUACACACACUAAACAAACACACUGCAUUCACUAUGCACACACUACACAAACACACACACUAUGCAAUCAUUAUAUACCCUCUAAACAAACACACACUGCAUUCACUAUACACACACUACAUAAACACACUACAUUCACUAUGCACACUCUGCAUUCAUUAUAUACACUCUACACACACGCUGCAUUCAUUAUAUACACUCUAAACAAACACACACUGCAUUCACUAUACCCACACUACAUAAACACACUGCAUUCACUAUACACACACUACACAAACACACACUCUGCAUUCAUUAUAUACACACUACACACACACUGCAUCGACUACACAAACAUACAUUGCAUCCACUACACAAACACACACAUACUGCAUUCACUAAUCAGAUACUCUCACUGCAUCCACUACAUGCACAUAUAUUCUUGAAAACAUAAAAAAAUCUGACUGGGAUGUAUAUUUUGUGCAUUUACCUAAAAAAAAAAAUGUGCUAAAAAAUAAAUAAAUUAAUAAACAUGUUCAGUUAGCAGCAGAUUUGUGUAGAAAUAUUUUUUUUCAAAAUGGUAAAUGUACAGAAUAUCAGUAUCGGUAAGUUAUCGGCUCUAAAAAAUCAAUAUCGGUCGAUCCUUAGCAUUUUAUGUAAUAUUGAAGUUACCAACAUAUUGCUUAGAGAUAUAAAUUGUACCUGGAUCCAGGGACGUAUUAGCCGCGAGGCAAACAAGGCAUUUGCCUUGGGCGGCAUUUUCCAGGGGGCGGCAAAAAAAGCCGCUCUCAAAUGCCCAGGGCAAAUGUCUUGUUAGCCUUGCGGCUACAAUCCGGUCGGGCGGCGCUGGCGAGGGAGCACUUUCCCCUGAGCGCCGCAGAGUGAUGCCGGGAGCUGGAAUAUGAUGUCAUAUUUGGCUCCCGGCAUCACUCUGUGGAGUGCAAGGGAGCUGAGCAGAGCGCUCAAGGGAAAGUGCUCCCCGGCAUUCCCAACGGUAAGGAGGCUGGGGUGGAUAAAUUAAAUAAAAAAUAAAAAAAGUGAGUGUGUUAAUGUGAGUGAAUGUUAGUGUUUGUCUGUUAGUGUCUGUCUGUUAGUUAGUGUGUUUGUCUGUUAGUGAGUGUGUGUAUUUAGAAAGCGGGCGGGGGGAAGGAUUGGGUGGAGGGGCAUCUGAGUUUUGUCCUGCCUAGGGCAGCACAAAACCAGGAUACACCACUGCCUGGAUCAUUUUUUGUGGUCCAGAAUCUGACUGCAUCCCCUAAUGCUUGUGCAUUCAGCCGCAAAUUGAACUUAGAGCAUUGUGGGUGCAUUUUUUUUUUUUUUUUUUUAACCUGUCAUUUUUUCAUUUUGCAAAAUAAUGAGUGUUCAGUUAAAACAAAUUGUGCCACUCACACACUUUCCCGAUUUGGACUUUUGCAUCAAUGAGAGCCUUCUCUACUGCAGAUGUUAUUGGUUACAUAUCCUAAAAUGCUUUGGCAACUGGGAACUGUUAUAUCUCCAAUGUUACUGUCCCAAGAUCCUCUCUUGUCCAGAAGCUGGAAUAGCAACAUGGGAGACACAGUUGACCGCAUGUGGGAGGGCAGAAAUUGUCUUCGUUCUUUAUAUAAACAAAGCUAAAAUUCAGUACUGUGACAAUAAGAGGUAAAUGAUUGUUUAGAAAAUCUAGACUUCAAUUUAUUAGGAUAACAUUUAAAAUAAAUUUUUUUACCAUUUCAAGAAUUGCUUUCUAAUAUUUUCGGAUACAUUAUUUGCUUUAAAUCAUUGCCUUCAUACUGUUGUUGUUUUUUUCAGAGUGUUGGGAGUUGUGAUUUGUUCGCCUCCUGAAGUAGCAGCUGUGAUGGUGUUGGAGAGCCUGAGGGCAGGUAAGGGCUCCAAGUUUCCAUAUGUGGUGGGCACAUCUUGCCAGCGUUAGUUAUUACUGUGUUCUAAUGACUAAGGUGUGCAAUCCUCAGUGCUCGAGAGCUGGUAGAGGCACUGGCACUCAUUGAGCCCAAGCAUGCCAGUCUCGCUCUCCUUUACCAUGCUUCAGUUCUAUAUAAUUAGGUAACAGGACAGGGCUGCAUAAUUACUGGUGUUCAAUAAAAUAUGGCCAUUAUUGGGAGGAAAAAUAAAAUCUGUUCUUUAACCCCUUCGCGACCUAGGACGGUUCAGGACCGUCAUCGGCAUUUUUGCCUUGCCGACCGAUGACGGUCCUGAACCGUCCUAACGGUCUCCGUUACUUACCUGAUCGCCGGCGGCGAUCAGCGUUGCUCCGGUUGUGGGGAGACUGCCUGCAGCCCAGACAGUCUCCCCACACUGAAUUAGGACCCCUGUGGCCAUGUGAUCGCUCAACACAGCGAUCACAUGGUCACAAUAGGUCUGCCUGCAGGGGGACUGUCUGUGCUGACAGGCAGUCUCCCUGCUAGUGUAAAAUCAGAAAAAAAAAUAAAGUUAGUGUUAAUAAAAAAUAAAAAAAAAUUAUACAUGUGUAUAUAAAUAUGAUAUAUAGACAUAUAUUAUAUAUAAAUAAUAUAUGUCUAUAUAUCAUAUAUAAUGUCAUAUUAAGUGUAUUUUUAUAUUAAUAUGUACUUAUAUUAAUAUAAAAAUACACUUAUAAUUAAAUUACACACGUGUGUGUAUAUAUAUAUAUAAUAUAUAUAAUUAUAUAUAUUGUAUAUAUAUAUAUUAUAAAAUAUAAAUAAGUAAUUUAAAUUAAAUAAAAAAAUUUUUUAAAUAAUAAAAAAAAAUUAAAUUAUAUCUAUAUGAAAUUUUAUUCUAACUGUAUUUUAAAAUUAAUAUAUAUAUUUAUAUCAAAAUACACUUAGAAUGAAUUUGUAUAUAAAAAUAAAUAAAAAUAAUAAGAAAUAUACAUAUGUCCAUAUACAAAAUUACAUAAAAAAUAAUUAUAUAAAUAUACACGUAGACUUCAAAUAUAUAAAUAUGCAUAUAUAUUUAAAUUCUACGUGCACAUUUAUGUAAUAUUUUUAUAUAAUUCAGUAAUUUUAUUGAUUGCAAUUUGAGGGACCUGCCUGCCAACCCAGGCCGAAAUUCCAGAGAAUUUAAUUUGCUAGCACUGUAUUUUACCCUGUAACAUUCUACGACACCCUAAAACCUGUACAUGGGGGGUACUGUUUUACUCGGGAGACUUCGCUGAACACAAAUAUUAGUGAUUCAAAACAGUAAAACAUAUCACAGCGAUGAUAUUGUCAGUGAAAGUGACUUUUUUGCAUUUUCCACACACAAACAGCACUUUUACUGAUGAUAUAAUUGUUGUGAUACGUUUUCCAGUUUUUAAACACUAAUAUUUGUGUUCAGCAAAGUCUCCUGAGUAAAACAGUACCCCCCAUGUACAGGUUUUAUAGUAUUUUUGAAAGUUACAAGGUCAAAUAUAUGGGUCAAAUAUUUUUACAUUGAAAAUGGCAAGGUUGGUUACGUUGCCUUUGAGAGCGUAUGGUAGCCCAGGAAUGAGAAUUACCCCCAUGAUGGCAUACCAUUUGCAAAAGAAGACAACCCAAGGUAUUGCAAAUGGGGUAUGUCCAGUCUUUUUAGUAACCACUUGGUCACAAACACUGGCCAAAAUUAGCGUUCAAUUUAGUUUUUUUACUUUUUCACACACAAACAAAUAUGAAUGCUUACUUUGGCCAGUGUUUUCGACUAAGUGGCUACUAAAAAAGACUGGACAUACCCCAUAUUGAAUACCCUGGGUUGUCUACUUUUAAAAAAAAUAUGUACAUGUGGGGUGUUAUUCAGAGAUUUAUGACAGAUAAUAGUGUUACAAUGUCACUAUUGAUAAAUUUUAAAAAUGUAUGUUUUGAAACCGCAAUAUCCUACUUGUACCUAUAGCCCUAUAACAUGCAAAAAAAAAAGCACGUAAACACGGGGUAUUUUUAAACUCAGGACAAAAUUUAGAAUCUAUUUAGCAGUUUUUUUCAUUCGCUUUUGUAGAUGAGUAAAAGAUUUUUCAAGAAAAAGUCAAAAAACAUGUUUUUUUUUAAAUUUUUCAUCAUAUUUUUUAAUUUUUUUUAAAUUAAAAUACAUGAGAUUAUAUAAAUAAUGGUAUGUAAAGAAAGCCCCUUUUGUCCUGAAAAAAAAAUAUAAUUUGUAUGGGAACAGUAAAUGAGAGAGCAGAAAAUUCCAGACAAACACAAACACCACAAAAGUGUAAAAAUAUGCCUGGUCGCAAAUGUACAACAUCGCAAAAACAGUCCAGUCCUUAAGGGGUUAAAUUAAUUUUACCUAUGGCAGUGUAAUUGACAUGGUGGCAUAUCACAAGAGACAUAGCAGCCACGUGUGAUCAGUAGGGCUAUUUUCUUGAGGAGGACACUAUAGUGAGUGCAGGUAUUUGUUUUUUUAUCUCUCUGCUCUUUUCUCUUUUUUAGUGUUCCCAUUUUAUAUUUUUCCCAUGCUAAUAUGUAGUGUGUGUGUGUGUGUGUGUGUAAUGUAAUUUUUAUAUAUAUAUAUAUAUAUAUAUAUAUAUAUAUAUAUAUAUAUAUAGAUAUAUAGAUAUAUAGAUAUAUAGAUAUAGAUAUCUAUAUCUAUAUAUAUCUAUAUCUAUAUAUCUAUAUAUAUAUAUAUCUAUCUCUAUCCAAAAAAUUACCGGCACUCAAGGCUUUUUCAAUCCAGACAAAUUCUCUUUAAUCCAAAUCCACCAUCAACGUUUCAGCUCCUCAUGGAGCUUUCCUGAUGAAAGCUCCAUGAGGAGCUGAAACGUUGAUGGUGGAUUUGGAUUAAAGAGAAUUUGUCUGGAUUGAAAAAGCCUUGAGUGCCGGUAAUUUUUUGGAUAUAUCAAUAUUGCAACCAGAGCACCAGGUACCAUCAAUUUUGGGUUGGAGUGCAGGAAUUAGUCUUGUGUUUUAUUUAUAUAAAACAAAUAGUUUGUAGAAAUUUACAAACUAUAUAUAUAUAUAUAUAUAUAUAUAUAUAUAUAUAUAUAUAUAUAUAUAUAUAUAUAUAUAUAUAUAUAUAUAUAUAUAUAUAUAUAGUUUGUAAAUUAUUUCUAUUACAUUGAUUCACUGUAUUACGCACCUAAUGAUUUUAGUUUGUUGUUUUUUUUGUUUUUGUUUUUUUAUGACAUUAUGGUCCUAUUUAGAAAAAUGUUAAGAUUUUUCAGAAAGAUUGUUUGCAUGAUGUAUGCAUUUUGGUUAUUUGUUUACUUCUUAAACAACCAAAUGUAUUGCAGUACUGUACAAUCCGAUGUACACAACAUGCUAAGAAUUGAGAUUUGGAAACUGCAGAUAAGAGUUAGUCCUGCUUGAAUGAGUUUAGUCGUGCCUAAAUAAUGCGCCUGAAACCAUAGACUAAGUGAAGAACAUAUGGCUCAUCUAUUACACAAAGUUUACAGAUGUAGAAUUCUUUUUUAAUCCUUUACAUUUUUUAAUUUAAAAAAAAAAAAAAAUUCUUUAAUUAUUAACUACAACAUAAGGUCAAAUUAUAUAUUUCUUUUUGUGUGUUAUUUCCAGGGAAAGCCGUACUUUGCGAAAAACUUUUGAGUUCUAACAGACAAACAGCAGAAGCGUGCUUUGAUGAAGCAGACCGAUAUGGCAAGCCCCUGGUCUGUGGCUUCUACAAGUAAGAGAAGUCUUUUUAAAAAAAAAAAAAAUUCAAAAUUUUUUUUAUUUUCUAGUCCACGUUUUAGUUAUCCUAUUCUCCCAAACUUUUGCUAUUCAGUUGUUCAUCGCAUUUUACUAUGUAAUGUAAAAAUGUCCUUUUAGUCUUGUCAUAGUUGGUUGUCUUGCUAAAUAUAUAUAUUUACUUACAUAGGCGUUUUGACCCAGCGUUGAAGUUCCUGUAUAAGAAAGUCCACAGUGGCAACUCACUUGGAAGAAUUCAGAGAAUGUCAUGUGUUAGCCGGACAUAUCCCCCUGCUUCACUCAGCAAGCUUAAAAUGUCAGGUACUAGUUUGUUUGCUUAUAAUUCACAUCAUAACCAAUUAAUGAGCUGUGUCAGACGUGGCCAUUGAGGGUUACAAUCCUAUAACAUUUGAAGUGGAAUCAUCACUUUUUAAAUGUAUUUUAAAGAUUUAACAGUUGAUGUCACAAUCCACACUUCAUUGCUCACAUGAACAUUUCUCCACAGAGAUGCACUAGCUCAGUGUAUCUCUGUACAGGAUGUUUGGUAUCUUCAUGCAGACUUGUUUCCUAGACUUGUUGAAGGAAAAUAUAGCUUUAUUUAAAGACAGGAGGCAAGUGUUAUGCAAUAUUCUUUCAGCACCAAAGGUUAAUAUGAACAAACAAGGUAGUAUGCAAAGUAAAAAUGACAACCAAACUAUAGGUAUCAGUGACAGCCAAGCAAACUUUGCCAAGUCUAUAAAUAAUAGACUCCUAACAAUAAGUCUGUAACCAACUCCUCUUUCAUGCUGCAGUGAAUCUUGAAGAAUACCAAAUCAAUAUGGAAACUUUCGAAGAACAGAAGAGAAAUUUAAAAUGGGAACCAACCUCCAAUAAAGAAGCUACAGACAGAAAAAAAGCUUGAAAAUAAUCACUGUAAAACAAAAAAGCAGACAGUUAAAGAUGUGAUUUUAGAAAAAUCUAGAUUUUAUAACAGACAGAAGGCUUGUAUUAUGCAUAUGUAAAAUUACAUAACUAUAUAUAGUUACAAAGUGGACAUAGAUAAAUAUGAAACCAGUUUAAAAUAGAAAAUUUGAAAUGUCGAUUCAGAUAACCAGUCACAUAAUUUAAACAUGCCAUUUAAAGAACCACCUGCCUGCAAAGCUUCAGUGAAAGUGGCUCCUCUAUUAGAGUGAAUACCAAAUACAGGUAGAUGUAACAAGGACUGCCAAUGAAGGACAAUUUAAUUCAUCUUAGCUGAUGCGGCAGAGGAAACCUGCAGAAAAAGUUUUCAAUAUGAAAUAAAGAAUUAGGAAGGGGAAUGAUUGUGUAAACCAGUACAUUCUAAUAGGCUGUUGCUGAGACCUGUACCUGUAGUUUGUUUGUGACUUUUUUUUCUUUCUUUGCAUUUAAACUUUUUUGUUCAAGUUAAAGUAACUCUUUUAGUCUGUGGCAGAGCAGAGCCAAUCUCUUGUUUGCAGAAAGAUAUAUAUUUAAUUUAUCUCUCUCUCAGGUGGAAUUUUCUAUAAUGCUGCCUUACUUGAUAUUGACACUGCCAGCUGGUUACUGGGAGAGAGCGCGCCGGAUACAAUAUUCUCUCUAGGACAUGCUUUCUGUCAAGGUAAAAAAAUAAAUAAAUUGCUUAACCCCAUAACGCCGUUAGGGCAUACUAUGCCGCCCCGUGUUUAGUGAGCCUAAACGUCGUUAGGGCGGCAUAGUAUGCCCUAACGAUCACUAGCUACCCGGCCGCAAUUUACUUACCUGGACCGGCAAUCUGUGGCGACUGCCUCACGAGACAGUCAAUGUAAUAUCAUAAGCGUAUCUUGAGAGAUAGAUAUAUAUAUAUAUAUCUAUCUAUAUCUAUCUAUAUCUAUAUACACACACGUAUAUACAUAAAUUAUAUAUUUUUUAUAUAUUUAUAAUUCUAAGGGUAUCUUGAGAGAUAUAUAUCUCUCUCAAGAUACGCUUAGAAUUAUAAAUAUUUAAAAAGUGUGUGUGUGUGUGUGUGUGUGUGUGUGUGUGUAUGUGUAUGUGUAUGUAUAUGUGUAUAUAUAUAUAUAUAUAUAUAUAUGUAUAUAUGUAUAUAUAUAUAUAUGUAUAUAUAUAUAUGUGUAUAUAUAUAUAUGUAUAUAUAUAUAUAUAUAUGUGUAUAUAUAUAUAUAUAAUUAAUAUAAUCUCUUCAAUGUGUAUAUUUACUGUAUUUACUUAAAUAAUUUGAUUAAUUAUAAUUCUAGGGACCUGCAUGACAACCCACGUAGAAGGUCCAUUGAAUUUAAUUUACAUGCCCUAUAUUUAACCCUGUAACGUUCCAUAACACCAUAAAACCUGUACAUGUUGGGUACUGUUGUGCUCGUGAGACUUUGCUGAACAUAAAUGAGUGUUUUAAAACUUGUAAUGAUGAUGAUAUAAUCAGUGAUAGUGCAGGUUUUGUGUGAAAAAUGCAAAAAACCUAAUAUGAAAACUAAUUUUGGCUUGCGUUUGUGACUAAGUGGUUACUACAAAAGACUGGACUUACCCAAUUCUGAAUACCCUGGGUUGUCUAUUUUUGUGAAUAGUAUGCCAUGAUGGGGGUAAAUCUCAUUCCUGGGCUGCCAUACAGUCUUAAACGCAGCAUAACCAAUCUUGCAAAUUUGAAUGUGUAAAAAACUAAAUGGGCAAGCCCUAUAUUUGACCCUGUAACUUUCCAAAACUCCAUAAAACCUGUACAUGUAGGUUACUGUUUUACUCAUGAGUUGUCGCUGAACAAAAAUAUGAGUGUUUUAGAGCAGUAAAAUGUAUAAUGACGAUAUAAUCUUUGUGUGUGAAAAAUGCAAAAAAAAAUAUAUGAAUUCUAACUUUAGCCAGGAUUUGUGACCAAGUGGUUACUACAAAAGACUGGACAUACCCCAUUUUGAAGACCCUGCGUUGUCUGCUUUUACAAAUGGUAUGCAUUGCUGAGAUUAAUUUUCACUCCUGGACUGCCAAACAGUCCCAAAGGAAGGCAGCAUAGGCCCAGCAAACAAACCUGGGAAAUUUCAAUGUGUAUAAGUGAAAAAGGGGAAAUCUCUAUAUUUGACCCUGUAACUCUCCAAAAUAUCAUAAAACCUGUACAUAGUGGGUACUUUUUUUUACUUGUGAGACAUCGUUGAAUACAAAUAUGUGUAAUUUAUUGCAGUAAAAACAAAGUUUUUUUUUAAAAAAAAAUUUUUAUUCAUAUUAAAUUGUUUCAUAUAUAAAUAUUUGAUAUGACAUACAAAAAGUCCUGUUUCUCCUGAACAAAAUGAUAUAUAUGUGUGGGUGUAUUUAAUAUGUAAGAGUUGAUUUAUGGUUGAACAGACACAUAGCUCAAAUAGCCAGGUUUUGUUUUGAUCACUGAAAUGGAAAAAUCAAUCAGUGAAUUGAUUAUUUCUUUGUGUAUCUGCCCCUGGCCAAAUCAAUGAAACAAUGCGUGCACGCUCCCUGAAGUAAUUCACACCAGACACAGGUUCCAGGUUGUUGAAUAACUUGAGGAAUGUUUAUUCAGAGGGGACGGCAGGUCCCUUUUAAAGCAAAAUUACAUCAUAAGCAUUGUCAGAGAUAACAUGGAAUAAUACAUCAAUAAUUGGUUAGGUGUUAAGUGGUCUUCCUAAUGCUCUGCCUACUAAGGGUGAUGUCACCGGGACCAUGAGGGUCUCCCACGGUUUCCUGGCGCCAUCUUGCUGCACGAGGUAGUUAGUCGGUGUUAAGGGGGGGGGGAGAAGAGGGGUUAGAAGCUUCUAGCAGCCAUCUUGGUUAAAACAUGUGUGUAUAACUUUAUAAUGUAUAUCGUGGAAUGAGUAAAUAGACAUUUUCACUAACUAGGAAAUAUGUGCAGACCUUAUUUCCACAACAGUCCCCCCUAAAAUGGCUAUUUACCAUGACAACUGCCACUGUCCCUAGUGUAUCCCUAGCUGCCUGCAGCUCAUCUAUCUUAACAGGCAUCGAACUCUUCACUCCGUGGGUAACCCGCAGUAGCUAGUCCACCACAUCUCCGCACGUGAGACUUGCCCGUAAAGACAGACGCUUUCCCUACACUGUCCCUACAGGAAUGCAGUUGUCUGUUUGAACUGAUGUGACUGAAGGGGUGUAUGUGUCACUUUCGAGGUCUGUGAUGUUUUGGUGUAGGAAAGUAGGAGUCAUGUCAUCUAUAGUUUUCCCUACUGCUUUCUGUAAGUACUUCUGUAUGCAAGGGAGCACACAACAGGUUAGGAAUAAGAAGAUGAUAAUCAUUAUAAGAACAGCCGUUCCUACCUGGAAUAGGGUCCUUUGCCAACCAUUCAUCCACCCAAACCAUCUGUCCCAAGUGUCAGUAACUCCUGAGUUCUUCUUUAGCUCAUCAGAAAGGCUAUCUAGCUUCUCUAUGGCCAUAGUCACCUUACCAUCGGGCCCAGUGUUGUCUGGAAUGAAUGUGCAGCAUGUCAUAGUUUCGGGGAGGAUCUUACAUACACCCCCUUUCUCAGCUAAAAUCAUAUCUAGGGCCAUUCUGUUCUGAAAUGUCAUUUGGGUGGUGGCUUGUAACUGUUCUGCCAGGCCCUGUAGGGCAUCCCUAGUAUAGUUAACAAAGCGCUGUUGAUUAUAGUAAAUGUAGUUAAUCCAAUUGACAUUCUUAUUAGCAGUUAUCAUUGGAAUUAAGGAUUCAAAUCCUGCUGCCACUUCAUCCCUUGCUUUGAAUUUGCUAGGCACCCCCCUUGGCACACCAAUGGCAUCAAUAUAUACAUGGGGGCCUCACGUGUAGUUCUAGAAUGUACGUGUGUGUGGUCUAGUGUGUUGUGGCUACCGUCUGGAAUAAUGUGGAUGGGCAUUAUAACUUUGGUCAGGGCACACUCCCCCCACCAUUGCCCAGCUAGUUGGGACCUCAAUUGUCUGUCACCACAUAACCAAUAGAUAUCUCCGAUUGUCUUUGCAUGAUUCAUUAGCAAUGAUACAGGCGGGCUAUGGUAGGUUGAGCAAUAUCCAGAUGGGAAUUUGCCCAGAUACACACCAGUAUUCUUAGGUAUUGAAUAACAUGUGUAAUUACCUGGAUAUACUGUGACUCCAUCGGGUGGCUUGAUAUAUCCAUGAGUGAUUGGGUAAACCCUUUUCCAUGAUUCACAUGUUGAGGAAUUUGUGGUGGACUGUGCAUAGAGGCUUAAGACACACAGUUCUACUUCAGGAGGUAAACUUAGAGGUACUAUACCCAGAUGGGGCCUGGCUCCUCCACAUACAUAGCAAUUGGUUUUAUUGUGCGAGUUGGCAUUAUACCUCAUCCAUUCUAGCCACAAAUUAGUGUCUGAAAACCCAGUCUCCACUGCCAUAGUGUCUUCAAAGGUGGGGUUGGCUAUAGCUACCAUGUCAUGUAGAGUGUUAAUAUGUGGUUUCAACGGAUUAAUGGUCAUGUGAGUGGUUCCUACCCAGUCUGGUGAGGUGAGCAUGUCCUGUAGAUAGAAUGUCCCCAGUUUAUUAUGUGAGCCACCUCCCUUCCAAUACAUUCCCAUUACAUAUUCCCCUGCGUCUUUUGGGCUGGGGUGCUCUAUAUUCAAGGUAAGUUUAAUGGGAGUUGACCCAAUAGGUUUGCUUAAAGUCAUUCUGGAGAGAAUGGGUUUUCCAUCUUUGUCAAUUCUGUCUAAUGCACUCUGGGGUCUGUAGCCCCAUGGUCUACCCGUGUUCCACCCGGCGGCUUUCCAUGAACUACAAUGAUGCCCCCAAACUCCUCCAGUUACACAAAUGUAUGGAUCCUUUUUGUUAGGUAUGUCUUUGUAUAUGGAAAAUAAGAAAAAGAACCAAAGCACAGAUAAUACUCUAAAGCAAGAAGCUGCCACCCUCUAGGUACACUCUAAAAACCUAUAAUAAACCUAAAUAGAAAAAGAAAAAAAGGUGGAAUAAAAUCCCACCUAAUGGGGGCGCUAAGCGCUAGAGAAAAUGAUAGUCUAAUAGAGAACUAUAGACGUAAAAGAGUAAAUACUCUAUGGAGACUUCGAAAAAUGGAUAGUAUAAAAAUACAAUUUAUUUUGCAUCACAGUGCAAUAAAUAUAUAAAAAAAGGAAGUAAAUAAUAAAGUGCAUAGACAUCCAAUGCAAAUAUAGUAACAAUAUGCAGUCCUAUUAUGAGACCUGGGAACAAAAACCCGGCAUCAACCACUAAACAAAACAGUAAUAAGUAAAAGGAUGAACUAAACAGCCCUUGGUCGCGACUUCCAGGGCUGAAAGAUACUUGCAAACUCGAUCGGUAGUGGUGAUAUUGUGGUCUCUGGACUUAGAUUGGAUGAUAGAUGAGGCUCAACGCGUUUCGUCCCGCUUUAUUCAGGACUUCCUCAGGAGCUGUGUAUAUCUUCAGUUCUUCCGGAGUCUUCUUUUAUCUUCAAAUUUUCGCGCUCAAUUAGGUCAUUGCGCAUGCGAAAAAGGACACCGGCUUCCGUCGAGAUUGUUGCCGGAACACAACUUCAAUGCGGCCGCCUCCAAUCACUAUCGGGAAAUGACCAAUGCGCAUGCGUAGCCAAAUUGAUGCGUGUUGAAACUUUAUUAGCAUCCGAAUGGAGAGACACAUUGAAACAUAUAAGCUACAUAAGUAGCAGUUGCAUGUGUCAAUCCAUUCGUAACAAUAGAUGCCUACAGACAGAAUAAUAUAACCUAAGCGUGCCACAAACUGAACAUAUAUAUGAAAAAAAUAAUCAAAUAUAAAAAAAUCUAAUAAUUAGCUCUAAAAAAUAGAAUUUAACAAAAAACUCGAGUUUGUGGCACGCUUAAGUUAUAUUAUUCUGUCUGUAGGCAUCUAUUGUUACGAAUGGAUUGACACAUGCAACUGCUACUUAUGUAGCUUAUAUGUUUCAAUGUGUCUCUCCAUUCGGAUGCUAAUAAAGUUUCAACACGCAUCAAUUUGGCUACGCAUGCGCAUUGGUCAUUUCCCGAUAGUGAUUGGAGGCGGCCGCAUUGAAGUUGUGUUCCGGCAACAAUCUCGACGGAAGCCGGUGUCCUUUUUCGCAUGCGCAAUGACCUAAUUGAGCGCGAAAAUUUGAAGAUAAAAGAAGACUCCGGAAGAACUGAAGAUAUACACAGCUCCUGAGGAAGUCCUGAAUAAAGCGGGACGAAACGCGUUGAGCCUCAUCUAUCAUCCAAUCUAAGUCCAGAGACCACAAUAUCACCACUACCGAUCGAGUUUGCAAGUAUCUUUCAGCCCUGGAAGUCGCGACCAAGGGCUGUUUAGUUCAUCCUUUUACUUAUUACUGUUUUGUUUAGUGGUUGAUGCCGGGUUUUUGUUCCCAGGUCUCAUAAUAGGACUGCAUAUUGUUACUAUAUUUGCAUUGGAUGUCUAUGCACUUUAUUAUUUACUUCCUUUUUUUAUAUAUUUAUUGCACUGUGAUGCAAAAUAAAUUGUAUUUUUAUACUAUCCAUUUUUCGAAGUCUCCAUAGAGUAUUUACUCUUUUACGUCUAUAGUUCUCUAUUAGACUAUCAUUUUCUCUAGCGCUUAGCGCCCCCAUUAGGUGGGAUUUUAUUCCACCUUUUUUUCUUUUUCUAUUUAGGUUUAUUAUAUGUCUUUGUAUAUGGCUGCAUAUUGUGCUUGUGGAAAGGUGCAAACAACUAUGUCACAGUAGUCAAAGGUAUAUGUAGCUACAUCUGUGUUGGAAGAAUUGUACCAGAAAGUGUAAACAUGAUUAUCUUUGGUUAUGGCCACUUGUUGGGCCCAGGCAAAGUGUAGCAGCGUAAGAAAACACAUAACAAAUUCAUAUUUCAGUAGGAUUAGCCUCUUCUGGAGUAGGCACUUUCUUGCAAUGCGAGGCGUGUAUCCAAGAACUUUCUCCGGCUAGCUUCACUGACGUUGCUGUGAUCAGGAGCACUUGGUAAGGGCCAUCAAAUCUUGGCUCUAUGGUGAGUUUCCUGAGGAACUUCUUGACCAUAACCCAAUCACCAGGGAGCAGCUUGUGUGUACCUGUAUUCGACUCAGGAUCUGGAAUAGAAGAAAACACUUGGGCAUGUAUUUUGGUCAAAGCAUGUAAGAGGGCAGUCACAUAGUCUACCAUAGCGUCUGACUGGAUCUGAAGUUGUUGAGGGAAAUAACAACCUAGCCUGGGUGCUGUACCAAACAAAAUCUCAUAAGGUGAUAGGCUAUAUUUUCCCAUAGGAGUGUACCUUACGCUAAACAACGCUAAUGGGAGACUCUCGGGCCAGGGCAUGUUAGUUUCCUAUGACAUUUUGAGCAUUCUGGCUUUUAAAGUGCCAUUCAUGCGCUCUACAUUACCACUACUCUGUGGAUGAUAUGGUGUGUGGAAUGCAAGGGUCACCCCCAGUGCUGACCAGACUUCCCGUGUCAUUGAGGCAGUAAAGGAGGUCCCUUGGUCACUUUCAAUCACUUCUGGAACUCCAUAUCGGCAAACAAUUUCCGUCAAAAGGUACUUGGCCGUAGUCCUUGCAGUGAGAUUGGCCACUGGGAAGGCCUCUGGCCAUCCUGAAAACAUGUCCACUAUGACCAGUGCAUAUUCAUAACGUCCACUCUUUGGCAUUUGAAUAUGGUCAAUCUGUAUCCUCUGAAAGGGGUAUUGUGGCUUGGCCAGGUGAUUAGGUGCGGUCUUAAUCUUUCCAGGGUUACAUUUAGCGCAUAUUGUACAGGAUCUACAGUAAUUCUGUGUUAAGGUAGUGAUGCCUGGUGCUUCAAAAUACUUGUCAAUCAAUGAGUUCAUCAGAUGUUUUGACAGGUGGGCUGGCCCAUGGGCCCACUGGACCACGGCUGGAUACAAAUUUUUGGGUAGGCAAAACUUGAGAUUGAUACUGUAAACAUCAUCACGGAGAACAGCUCCUUUGUUCUUCCAACUUUGUUUCUCCUGGGGAGUAGCAGCAGCUUGUUGUUCCUUUUAGAAGCCUAAGAUCUGACACAGGCUUGCCGGUUACCUAUUGCAAUAAAUCUAAAUGGGCCUGGUCGGGACCUUGGUACCGGCGGGAAGAAGUGGGAGGGUGGCUGGGCUGCAUAGUAGGACGGGCAGGGCGGUUUUGUGGAGGUAGGGGCUGAUUUUCUUGGAAAUCAUCCGUGUCAAACCCAUCAGCAGGAGCCGGAGGGUAUGCACGGGCUUCUAAAGCAGGGGGCCGGGCCUGUGUGUAUUCAGGAGGAGGAGGGGGAAGCUGAGGAAACUGUGGGUGAGGCAGGGCAUGGAGGUAACCUGUGGAGGGGAAGCUAAAGCUGGAGACAUGUGGACUAGUGUACCGGGGAAUUUGCCGGCGCAGCACUCUGGGGUGAGGGCAUUCUCUUUUGAAGUGGCCGGCCUGAUUACAGUUAAAACAGGUCCUGAUUGUCGUGAGGGCCCGGUCCCGGGAAGAGGGAACAGAUGCAGGAAGGGUUUGGGGCUGCUGAGUGUAUUGUUGAGUUAGUACCUGGGGAACAUGGGUAGAACCAGUAAUUGGUGUGGGAGUAGUAAACAUCAGUGGGCUAGCUCUCCUUUGUGUUGGCUGUAAAACUGAUUCUAAACCCUUGGCUACCAACAGGAGUGUGUCAAGUGGAAUAAUCCUGUACUCUGGACGAGAUAAAAUUAACCCUUUACGAAUGUGUUCCUUAAGACCAGCCACGAAGGCUGCAGAUAACAUCUGGGUAUGUGCUUUGUUAUAGGUACUGAACCCUACGUCUGAGAGAGUCUGGGUUAAUCUAGAGUGAUAUUUCUCAACUGUCUCAAGUUUUUCCUGUAUAAUGUAAUUUAUACAAGUAGCCUGAUCAGCUAGUUUAUCCUGUGCCCAAGCUCGGAGUUGUUCACAGAAGAUUAUACCAGAACGAAAAUCUGUAUCUGGUAUCUGGGGAAGCCGUGGCAGGAGCGGCCGGGAGGCCGGUGACGGGUGAGGUGGUUGGGUGGAACCCCGAGGCCUGGGGGGAAACGCCCACUGCAUAGGGUUGGUCCGACGUUACUGACACAUCAGAACCAACCACCAUGAUUGGGCAACUAGAGUUGGCGGGGGAAGUAUAAGGAGCCAAUGCCAUGGAUGGAGUGGCUGUGGGGGCCGGCUGGGAUGGGCAUGAUAGGUGAGUAUUAAGGACGUGAGCAAGGGCAGAGAUUGGAUCGGAAGGUUCAGGGCGGGUAGCAGGAGGCGGGGAAGGGGUUGGGGGAUCAGGAGGAGGAGGUGGAGGAGGAGGCAAAUCUGCGGGAGGCGGAGUAGGGACAGCAGAAUUGACCAAGGAUGUAACAGCGGAGAGGAGGGCGGAUAUGGAGGUGGAUAGGUCAUUGGCGGUGGUUGGUUCGGGAGUCACUGGGGGAGGGGUAGGAAGGGUGGAGACAGGGGGCUGGGUUACAGCAGUGAGAGCGGAGAGGAGGGACGACAAAUCGGCUGGGAGGGAAGGAGACAACGAGGCAGAAGGAUGUGACGUAGUAGGGGCGGGUGUAUCAGGAGGCGGUGGUGAAGUGUGAGCGGUGGGCGGAUCAACCUGGAGAGUGGGAGGGGUGCCUGGGAGUGUUACAGGAGGAUGGGACAAGGCAGAGAGGGCGGUGAUGUAAGAUCAAUGGAAGGAGGUAGAGGAAGGGCCAGCAGCGGCAGUGUGUGUGGAAGCAGAGGCGGGGGAAACAGAAUCAGUAGGCUGGAUAAGGUUUAUGAGAGUAGAGAGCAGGGAUGUGGGAUCGCUAGAAGGAGAAGAGAAAGAAGACGGAGGGGAUAGAGAGGUUGAGGUUACGGGACGGGUUAGUUUUGAAAGGUUAGAGAAGGAGGUAAGGUCUGAUGGAGAUGGAGAAGGGGUAGGAAGGGCAAGAGGAGGAGGAGGAGAGGGAUCAGGAGGUACGGGAGGGAGGACAGGUGAAGUGGGGGUAGUGGGUUGAGUGGAGGAUGAAAGAAUGGAGAGAAGAGAGGAAAGGUCCGGAGGUGGAAGAGGAGAGGGAUCAGCGGGAGGACAAGGGUCUGGGGGAUCUGGAGUAGUGCGGUGGGUAAGGGUCGAGAGGGCAGAGAGCAGGGACGAGAGAUCAGUGGAUGGAGACGGGUGAGCGGGUGUCUCUGGGGAGGGGCCAGUCGAGGAGAAGAGAGGAGGCGGGGACCUCUGUGGGCGGGGUAGGAGCUGAUGGGACAGGAUCCGGACUAGGGGCUGGGGUGGAGGCAAGCGUAGGGAGGCGGGGAAAUGUCAACGGACGUAACGGGGGAGGGGCGGGGGAUGGGGCCUGAUCGGGAAUGGGCUGGAGCAUAGGGGUGGGUGGGAACGUAUGGAGUGGCACAGGAUAAUAGUAAGCGCCAUAGGCUCAGAGCACGGGGCACAGGGGGGUGGGGGCUGGAGCCACACCUCCAGAGGGUGGAGCCUGAGCAAUGACAGGGGAAGCAGGGCGGGAGUUAAUUGUCACGCUCUGGGCGCCAUCAUAGGGCGGUGGCUGGGGGACAGUGGAAGAAACAUCAUCAUUGUUAACAUUCCUAUGGUACACAUGUACAAUUUGUCCUUCGAAGUCUAAUUCCUCCUCAAUCCAUCCCUCCCGUUUGAGACCUCUGGCUACCCGAUACCAAGCCUCUACAGCCUUCGUAAGCCCAUUAUCCAAUAGCAAUCCCUCCUUAUCUAUGAGCAAUUUCCUCCAUAACUCAGGUUGCAAUCUCCCACUAGGCGGCAUCUGGAAACCACACACUUUAGCAAUCUUUUUAAUCUUUAGCAUAGCAUCUUCCCCCGCACUUUCUUUCACAAUGUCACAAGCCAACAAUCCCUUAGCAGGUCUAGCAUGUUCCUGCCCCAUCUUAAUCAACCGGAGUGAGCCACGUGUAAGGGACAGAUAUACAGAGAAAUAGAAAGAGGAAUGUCUACAGUGCUCGACUGCCACGAGGACUUGAGUCCCGUGCGUCUUCCCAAAACGUAGACCAGUCAUGAGGGUCCGCCCACCCGGGGUGGUGGUCUCGGACCGGAGCGAGCGAGCGUGGGUGACUAACACAGCUCUGGGCAACAAACACAGGAGAGAUAAAGGACAAAUGAAAAGAUGAACGUGGCUACACUAACAAGAAGACAUUUACAGAAAUCACACACAUAAAGAUGAGUGUAAACCCCUGAAUCCAGAACUAGCCACACAACACACACACCACACACACACACACCGAGGCUACCCACACUGUAACAGCAGUUGAACAAAAACCACAGAAUAACAGAGAGUAAAAUGGCCAUGUACAUGUUAACACCACCAGUACCAAAUAUUCAAAAUGCAGCAAUCCCCAGCCCUCCCCCACCAGGCUGGUCCCCGGUAACACAAUUAUUAAUGAAACACAGCAGUAGUCAAGCUAAAUCCCAGCCCUCUCCGGCUGUAAUGCGUCCCCUGCCCGCUAGGCAGUCAAGCUAAAAUCCCAGCCCCACCGGCUGUAAUGCGUCCCCUGCCCGCUAGGCAGUCAAGCUAAAAUCCUAGCCCCACCGGCUGUAAUGCGUCCCCUGCCCGCUAGGCAGUCAAGCUAAAAUCCCAGCCCCACCGGCUGUAAUGCGUCCCCUGCCCGCUAGGCAGUCAAGCUAAAAUCCCAGCCCCACCGGCUGUAAUGCGUCCCCUGCCCGCUAGGCAGUCAAGCUAAAAUUUCAAAAGGAAAAACACACGCACCGGUCGUCACACACAUUAAACAAGUACAGGAGGCAGAUAGACAAUCGACAGGUUCGUUUAAAAAGGCACACCGGAUGAGUUAAUUACCUGUCUCUAGUAGCCUUCUGGAAGCCGGAAGUGGACUCGGAGGCAGACCGACACAAAACAGGAGAAUAACACAGGCAACGGCUGUAUUAUGGAGGUGAUCAGGCUCUGCUUGUACCACUUUCCGGAGGUCCGCUCCGGUCCGUUGGAUUCCGGCCCUCCGAACCGGCCCUCCGGUGGCCCCACGUUGGGCGCCAAUUGAAAUGGAAAAAUCAAUCGAUGAAUUGAUUAUUUCUUUGUGUAUCUGCCCCUGGCCAAAUCAAUGAAACAAUGCGUGCACGCUCCCUGAAGUAAUUCACACCAGACACAGGUUCCAGGUUGUUGAAUAACUUGAGGAAUGUUUAUUCAGAGGGGACGGCAGGUCCCUUUUAAAGCGAAAUUACAUCAUAAGCAUUGUCAGAGAUAACAUGGAAUAAUACAUCAAUAAUUGGUUAGGUGUUAAGUGGUCUUCCUAAUGCUCUGCCUACUAAGGGUGAUGUCACCGGGACCAUGAGGGUCUCCCACGGUUUCCUGGCGCCAUCUUGCUGCACGAGGUAGUUAGUCGGUGUUAAGGGGGGGGGGAGAAGAGGGGUUAGAAGCUUCUAGCAGCCAUCUUGGUUAAAACAUGUGUGUAUAACUUUAUAAUGUAUAUCGUGGAAUGAGUAAAUAGACAUUUUCACUAACUAGGAAAUAUGUGCAGACCUUAUUUCCACAACAAUCACAACUUGUACAACUGACUCCAUCCUCAAAGGGUUAAGACCAGUAAUGCUUUCUUUAUUAUUAAACUUAUCUGUUGAUCUUUAUUUUAUAUAUAUAUAUAUAUAUAUAUAUAUAUAUAUAUAUAUAUAUAUAUAUAUAUAUAUAUAUAUAUAUAUAUAUAUAUAUAUAUAUAUAUUUGUAACCAUUAAAAUUAACAUUUAAAGGAAGUUUGUGACAUAAAUAUUGCAAGGUGAAUGUUUGUAAAUAGAUGUAUUGUCAGGAAGUUCCUUGUUUCUAUUCAUGUACUUUCUGGUUAUUUAGAGGUGGCAGCGAUGAAGGAUGCAGACACUGUAACCAUCAGUAUGAAGUUUGCCGGUGGAACCAUUGUCAGUUUAGACAUUAGCCAGCACUGCACAAAAGCUUGUGACCAGAGAAUAGAGGUAACCCUCCUUCAUUCGCUCUUGCCCCAUCUCUUUGUUUGUAACAUUAAUGAAUAGUGUAACCUUCGAAUUUAAUAUAAAUUGCAUGAGGUUUACCACAUCUACUUUACUUUGCUGUACUGCACUGUUUGGCUAAUUAAAGUGAAACUGUACUUUUUACAUCUAGCAAAUGUAACAUCUAGUAGAUAUGAGGUAGGCAACAUUCUGCACUCCAGAUGUCGUGGACAAUAUCUGCCUUGAUGCUUUGCCAGCAUUAUGGCUGUAAGAGCAUUAUGGGAGAUGUAGUCCCUCACAUCUGGAGUGCCGACGGUUGCCUAACCUUGUACUAGAUUAUUUAUGGAGGGCAUUGGAUUGGCAGGUUGUGGCUAGCACCACAAAGGUUCUGUGUGUCUCUAUGAGAAUGUCUGAUUGGUUACUAUUUAAUGGAACACUCCAAACUCCUUUAGCUGGGCAGUGGAUUGUCCCUUAAAUGUCAGUUAGUAGUACUAUUUAUAAGUUAACCACAUAUUCACUGCUGAACAGUGGGUUACAGAUACACUCCUCUACGCCACUGAAUUUCCAAUCUCUAAUGCUUUUAUUAAUUUGUUAUAAUGCAAGAUUUCCUUAUCUGUACCUUUUAUUUAACAUAGGUUUCAAUUUAAUAUUUUGGAGAAGCUUUUCAAAUGAUUCUGUAUUUUUGGAUAAACGUUUAAAAGUAUUUUUUUCAGAAUAUUUAAAUGUAAAUAAAAUUGUAUGUAUACAAUAUAUUAUAUAAUAAACAAUACUCAAGAUCCAGCGCACUCUCCUGUCUACUAAACAGCAACUUUAAUGUUGACAGAUUUUGUAAAAAAAAAAUUUCUGAAGGUUUUUUUUUUUUUUUUAAACACCUAAUCUAGGCAAAAAAUAAUGGGGAUUUAGUUACAUUAUAUGAUCAUGCAUUGCAUAAGCCUGCCACAACGUCAAUGUACCCCAUCUUUGGCAGGUCCUACUCUCACAGUCUAAUGUCUACUCUUAUGUGAAUAACUCACUCACUUGGGGAAAAAAUUCCAUCUGAGGCUCUCUGCAGUACAAUGCUAAAUAGGGACCUGAGAUAACACACAUACACAUGCAAAAAUUAGAAAUUUAUUCAAAAAGCGUAUCCAAAAAUACACUGCUCAGAAAAAUAAAGGGAACACAAAAAUAACACAUCCUAGAUCUGAAUGAAUUAAAUAUUCUUCUGAAAUACUUUGUUCUUUACAUAGUUGAAUAUGCUGACAACAAAAUCACACACAAAUAUAAAAAUGGAAAUCAAAUUUUUCAACCCAUGGAGGUCUGGAUUUGGAGUCACACUCGAAAUUAAAGUGGAAAAACACACUACAGGCUGAUCCAACUUUGAUGUCCUUAAAACAAGUCAAAAUGAGGCUCAGUAGUGUUUGUGGCCUCCACGUGCCUGUAUGACCUCCCUACAAUGCCUGUGCAUGCUCCUGAUGAGGUGGCGGAUGGUCUCCUGUGGGAUCACCUCCCAGACCUGGACUAAAGCAUCUGCCAACUCCUGGACAGUCUGUGGUGCAACGUGACGUUGGUGGAUGGAGCGAGACAUGAUAUCCCAGAUGUGCUCAAUUGGAUUCAGGUCUGGGGAACGGACGGGCUAGUCCAUCGCAUCAAUGAUUUCGCCUUGCAGGAACUGCUGACACACUCCAGCCACAUGAGGUCUAGCAGUGUCUCGCAUUAGGAGGAACCCAGGGUCAACCGCACCAGCAAAUGGUCUCACAAGGGGUCUGAGGAUCUCAUCUCUGUACCUAAUGGCAGUCAGGCUACCUUUGGCAAGCACAUGGAGGGCUGUGCACCCCCCCCCCAAGAAAUGCCACCCGACACCAUUACUGACCCACUGCCAAACCGGUCAUGCUGGAGGAUGUUGCAGGCAGCAGAACGUUCUCCAUGGCGUCUCCAGACUCUGUCACGUGCGCAGUGUGAACCUGCUUUCAUUUGUGAAGAGCACAAAGCGCCAGUGGCGAAUCUUGGUGUUCUCUGGCAAAUGCCAAAGGUCCUGCACGGUGUUGGGCUGUAUGCACAACCCCCACCUCUGGACGUCGGGCCCUCAUACCACCCUCAUGGAGUCUGUUUCUGACCGUUUGAGCAGACACAUUCACAUUUGUGGCCUGCUGAAAGUAAUUUUGUAGGGCUCUGGCAGUGCUCUUCCUGUUCCUCCUUGCACAAAGGCAGAGGUAGCGGUCCUGCUGCUGGGUUGUUGCCUUCCUACGGCCUCCUCCAUGUCUCCUGAUGUACUGGCCUGUCUCCUGGUAGCGUCUCCAUGCUCUGGACACUAUGCUGACAGACACAGCAAACCUUCUUGCCACAGCUCGCAUUGAUGAGUUGCACUACCUGAGCCACUUGUGUGGGUUGUAGACUCAGUCUCAUGCUACCACUAGAGUGAAAGCACCAACCAGGAAGCAUAGGAACUGAGAAGUGGUCUGCAGAACCACCACCUGCAGAACCACUCCUUUAUUGGGGGUGUCUUGCUAAUUGCCUGUAAUUUCCACCUGUUGUCUAUCCCAUUUGCACAACAGCAUGUGAAAUUGAUUGUCACUCAGUGUUGCUUCCUAAGUGGACAGUUUGAUUUCACAGAAGUGUGAUUGAGUUACAUUGUGUUGUUUAAAGGACCACUAUAGGCACCUAGACCACUUCAGCUUAAUGAAGUGGUCUGGGUGCCAGGUCCAUCUAGGGUUAACCCUUUUUUUCUAUAAACAUAGCAGUUUCACAGAAACUGCUAUGUUUAUAAUAGGGUUAAUUCAGCCUCUAGUGGCUGUCUCAUUGACAGCCGCUAGAGGCGCUUCCGCGCUUCUCACUGUGAUUUUCAGUUAGAAGACGUCAGCGUCCAUAGGAAAGCAUUGAGAAUGCUUUCCUAUGGACUGGCUGAAUGUGUGCGCGGCUCUUGCCGCGCAUGCGCAUUCAGCCGAGGUGGAGGAGGAGAGUCCCCCACCCGGCGCUAGAGAAAGAGGUAAGUUUAACCCCUUUCUCCCCCUAGAGCCCAGCGGGAGAGGGUCCCUGAGGGUGGGAGCACCCUCAGGGCACUAUAGUGCCAGGAAAACGAGUAUGUUUUCCUGGCACUAUAGUGGUCUUUUAAGUAUUCCCUUUAUUUUUUUGAGCAGUGUAUAAAAUCAAGGCCAUAGUGGGAUGUUUUCACCAGAGAAGUUGUGUUGAAUUAAGAAUUUAUUUGCAAAAGUUAAGCCAAAGUAGGUGAAAUGGAGAAAUCCUCCUAAUUAUAUAUUUUUACAACUUGGCUAGUUGCCUACAUUUUGAAAUUACGUUUUCAGUUCAAUGCAAUUCACUUGUUGCAUUCCAUUAAAAAGUUCUCCUAAUGCUGUGUUUUGUUGUUUUUGUUGCUUUUUUUUAUUAGCUCUAUGGUUCCCAAGGUUCUCUACGUGUAGACAAUCAAAACCCACUGGGCAUUGUCGAGAAUGGCACAACAUUCCCAUCUGCUCAGACACAGGAUGAAAGAUACAAGGAUGCAUACAAAGAACUUUUUCGACAUUUUCUUAGAACCAUUAAGGGUCAGUAAUGUUUGUUUUAUUAGAACAAUUCAUGUAUGCUAUUCGUUGUUUUAAAAACUGUAAAGCAUAAAGAAAGAGAUUGGUAAAAUACCCCAAAAAUCUUAUUUUUAAAAGUACACUAUAGGCACCAAAACAUAUUAAGCUCAAUGAAGCAGUUUUGGUGUAUAGAACAUACAGUCUUACUGCUCAGUUUUGCACCAUUUAGGAAUUAAAUCACUAUGUAUAUACAGCCCGUAUUACACCUCUUUGCGUGUACCUUACAUAACCUUUUUUAAACACCUUCUGAAAGGGAACCUAGAAAUUCUAGGCCCCUUUAUUACACAUUCUCUUUAAUCUAUGAUUUCUUAUCUCCUGUUCUGUUAAAGGACCACUAUAGUGCCCUGAGGGUGCCCCCACCCUCAGGGACCCCCUUCCGCCGGGCUCUGGGGUGAGGAAGGGGUUCUCCAGCGCCGGGUGGGGAGCUCUCCGCCUCCUCUUCGGCUGAAUGCGCAUGCGCGGCAGGAGCUGCGCGCGCAUUCAGCCAGUCCAUAGGAAAGCAUUCACAAUGCUUUCAUAUGGACGCUGGCGUCUUCUCACUGUGAUAAUCAGUGAGAAGCACGCAAGCGCCUCUAGUGGCUGUCAAGAGACAGCCACUAGAGGCUGGAUUAACCCAUUUAUAAACAUAGCAGUUUCUCUGAAACUGCUAUGUUUAUAAAAAAAAGGGGGUUAACCCUAUAAGGACCUGGCACCCAGACCACCUCAUUAAGCUGAAGUGGUCUGGGUGCCUAUAGUGGUCCUUUAAUAAACUCUGGAGCCUCCUGCAUGUCAUUUAAAUUCAAUGUGCAAAGGAGGAGAUCAAAACGUCUAAAGCAAGUUAACAUCUGAUUGAAAAUAAACAUUUUUUGUGAAGGCUGUGUGUCACAGCCAGAGAAGAUGUCGCUAGCGCUGUAUAAACAGAAAAGUGAUUUAAAGGACCACUACAGGCACCCAGACCACUUCAGCUCAUUGAAGUGGUCUGGGUGCCAGGUCCCCUCUAGUUUUAACCCUGCAGCUGAAAACAUAGCAGUUUCAGAGAAACUAUGUUUAAAUUGCAGAGUUAAUCCAGCCUCUAGUUGCUGUCUCCCUGACAGCCAGUAGUGGCCACGUCUGUGAUUUACACUGAGUAAAUCGCACUUAUCUGAUGCUGGAUGUCCUCACGGAGUCCAGUGUCAAAUAAGAUCCCAAUAGGAAAGCACUGAGUAAUGCUUUCCUAUAGGCAGGUUUGAAUGCGCGCGUGGCUCUUUGUGCGCAUGCGGCUCCACUCGUCAGCUGACCAUGGGGGAGGAGACAUCACCAGCGCCGAGGGAGCCCGGCGCUGGGUUAAGGAAAGUGGCUGAAGGGGUUUUAACCCCUUUAGUGCCAAGGGAGGGGGGGCUCUCCAAGAGCCUAUAGUGCCAGGAAAAUAGGGUUUUUUUUUUUCCUGGCACUAUAGGAUUCCUUUAACUCCUUAAUGGCAGUGAAUUGAGUAGUGAGACUGAAGGGGCAUGAUCUACACACAAACUGCUUAAUUAAUCUAAAGUUGUUUUGAUGCCUAUAAUGGCCCUUUAAAGCACUAUAGGAAAAUCAAUUCUGGACCUGAAAAGCUAUUGUAGUGCUGAUGGCCAUCCUUCAUGUCUUUGUCAGUUAGUGCGAUUUUCUCUUUUAGGUCUGCUUAACUUUUAUUUGUUUGCAUGUCUAUUACCCAAAGUUAGACAGUUUGUUUCUAUUGCAUUUUAGAAUUAUUGAUUUAAAAUUGUGAUUGUUUAUGUUCUAGGGAAGGAGCAGCCAGUUAUCACUAAAGAGCAGUACAUUUGUGCCAUACAGGUAGCGGCAGCUGCAGAGCAAUCCUUCCAGAAUGGCUCAGCUGUGGAUCUACGCAGCGAAGUGGUAGAUGUAUCAAUCAUAAAGACGGAGAUUGUGUGA